CAAAAGCGGAAGUGACAAAACAUCAAAGUUGCGCACUCCUCCACGUGUGAGCGCAGUGCAGUCACAUUGGUAGGUCCGCAGCUCCACGAUGAAACGACCAAAGUUAAAGAAAGCUAGUAAGCGGGUCUCAUGUUCCAAACGUUAUAAAAUCCAGAAAAAGGUCCGGGAGCACAACAGAAAGCUAAAAAAAGAGGCAAAGAAGAAAGGGGUGAGCAAACGGGUGAAGAAGGAUCCCGGUGUGCCCAACAGUGCUCCCUUCAAAGAGGAGGUCCUCAGGGAGGCAGAGCAGAGGAGGCUACAGAUCGAAGAAGUAAAAGAGAAAAAGAAACAAGCCAAAAAAGAGGAGAGAGCCCAGAAGAGGAAAAAGGAGAAGGAGGCUGCAAGUAAAGAAACCGAACCCAAGGCCAAGAAGGCUCGGCAGGAUGAGGUUGGAAAGCAUUCAGAGAAAUCGAUUGCCCCAGACAAGAACUCAAAACAGUACCUUUGCUCUGAAUUAAACAAGGUAAUUGAUGCAUCUGAUGUAGUGAUAGAAGUCCUUGAUGCUCGUGACCCGCUGGGCUGCAGGUGUCCACAGCUGGAGGAGGCGGUGCUGCAGAGGGAAGGCAACAAGAAACUGCUUUUGGUUUUAAACAAAAUAGAUCUUGUACCAAAGGAAAAUGUGGAGAGGUGGAUACAGUGUUUACAACUGGAGUUUCCAGUUGUGGCGUUCAAAGCAUCAAAACAGAUCCAGGACAAAACAGUGCGAUCCAGGAAGAGCAGGAUAGUGGCCUCUAAUGACGUCCUGGACAAAUCCAGAGGAGCAGCCUGCUUUGGAAACAGUUGUCUCACUGAGCUCCUUACAAGUUUCGCUGCUAACACACAGAAUGAAGUUUCACUCAGAGUGGGCGUAGUUGGUUUUCCUAAUGUGGGGAAGAGCAGUCUCAUCAACAGUAUGAAGGGGAUCCUUGCGUGCAAUGCUGGCAUCAAGAGAGGCAUCACAAAAUCCAUGCAGGAGGUGCACAUCUUGAAGAAUGUGAAGCUCAUAGACAGCCCAGGAGUCGUGGCAUCGCCGUCCAACCCGCCAGCCUCUAUGGCUCUGAGGAGCCUGCAGAUGGAGGAGGGCCUGGAGAGUGUGCUGGAGGCUGUCAGGACUCUUCUCAAACUGUGUGACAAGACCCAGGUAGGAGGAGGAGUUCCCAUCACAGGAGAGAUGAGUCGGAUCAUGCUUCAGUAUAAUGUCCCCGACUUCAGAAACUCUCUGGAGUUUUUAACCUUGUUCGCCAAAAAGCGUGGAUAUCUGCAGAAGGGUGGAGUCCCUAACACAGAGCAGGCAGCCACAGCUUUCCUUGCUGAUUGGACAGGAGCCAAGCUGAGCUACUUCUGUAGGGCAGAGGGGAACCACAGCCUCCCUGCUUACAUGUCCGAUGCUGUGGUCGCUGAGAUGAAGAAAGGCUGGGAUCUAAACCAGCUGAAAACGGGCAACGAGGAAACUCUGAAAGGUGUGAAAUUCCCAAACCAGGCCAGCAGUAUAGGCUUCACGUCUAAAGGCCCAACUGCAGGCCUGCUCAGUGUCAGCGACAUCUCUGCAGAAAAACCUGGUGCUGCCGCCGCAGAGAGAGAAGCAGAGCAGAAUAAUGAGUUGAAACAUGUGCUCUUCUUGCAGCCUGAACAAAAUGCUGCAGAGGCAAAUAAAACAGAAGAACCAGAGGCACCACACAAGGCGCCACUCAAAAGUGUGCAGUUCCAAGUUGUCCCCAUUGACAUCAGCCUCUCUACAGCUACAACAGAUGACGCCUAUGACUUCAACACAGAUUUUAAAUGAGCUUUGCCUUCACACUGUUUCUGAACUCGUGCCUGUGCUCACGUGGACACGCAGACCUGGAUUUGUCAGCAUACAUGAACAUGCUGACGUGAAGAAUCACCGUCAGGGUGCCUUUGACCAUCUCAUCAUGACGUGCAAAGUUGCCGUAGUCGUCAUUAGUGUUUGUGCCCUAUCUUCAAACAUUGAAUCUGGAAGACAGUUUCCAGUAAAGGACUAACCUUUAUCCUAGACUACAUUUUUCAGUUGAUAACUCCAUUGAAUUAUUUGUCAAGGACUAAUCCCUGCCCCGGAAAUUGACUCUCUAUUAAGUGGUUAUGUGUAUAUAUCCACUGACUUCUCCCAGAUGUUGUCGGUGAAAGAUUGCCAGUUUUUAAAUGUCCAGAGGUCAUUUGUAAUGUGUACAUGCAGAAUACUGUAUAUAGACGACUUACUAUAAAUGUAAUAAACCCUCUACAAAACCUGAA